CGGCGGCGCCAUUCCGGUGAGCGAGAUACCGCCAGAUGGCGGCUUAGGAUUGCUGCUCCCUGCCAGGCGCGGCCCGGGGGUUAUUAUUAUUGCUAUUAUUAUUAUUUGAUAUUUGGCGGACCCCCCGCCAGCACCCUUACUACACAUUAAUAAUAGCCGCCCAUCGAUCGGGGAUUCCCGCCAGGGCUGAGCGGCGGGCCCGGGGCCUGGGCCGGGGUAUUAACCCCCUACCGCCGGAUCCAUUGUGCCCUCUCGCUGGCAGAACGUGUGCCCGCUCGGAGACCGGGAGGAUCGGGAGCGAGGAGCGGGGCCCGGGAUGUGAGAUCUACCAUUUAAAGGGCCUUAUUCUUGCACAAGGCCUUUGAAUAAUGCUCCUGUUGAAUUUCUGCCCCUCUCUCUGAUCUAACACUCUAAUUGUACUGCUGACUGAUGUGCAUUCGUCAAGAGAGAAAGUGUGAUGUUCUUUCACUUCCACCUGGUAACUCAUUGUGUCACCUGUGAUUGCUAAUCCUACUUCUGGCGAGCAUUGGUAAAACCAGUGACGAGUACAAAAAUGAUCACCUCGGAGCUUUCAGUUUUGCAGGAUUCUACAAAUGAAAGCUCAGCUGUACACACGGACAUGACAGCAGUUACAGAAAUGAGCACAGAACUUGUAGAAGAUAUUGAGGUUAAAGGAAAGCGAAAGAGAGGCCGCCCUGGAAGACCGCCGUCUGCCAUCAAGAAACCAAGGAAAACUCCUGGUGAACGGAGUCGUGGCGAACCAGGUGUUAGAGGUCGUGGGAGAGCUAAUGGACAUCCUCAGCAAAAUGGAGAGGGAGAUCCCGUAACCCUGUUUGAAGUUGUAAAGAUAGGAAAGAGUGCCAUGCAGUCUGUAGUUGAUGACUGGAUUGAAUCAUAUAAACAAGACCGAGACAUUGCCCUUUUGGACCUGAUAAACUUCUUCAUCCAGUGUUCAGGGUGUAAAGGUACAGUAAGAAUUGAAAUGUUCCGAAACAUGCAAAAUGCAGAAAUCAUUAGAAAAAUGACAGAAGAGUUUGAUGAGGAUAGCGGAGAUUAUCCUCUGACAAUGCCUGGCCCUCACUGGAAGAAAUUUCGCUGCAACUUCUGUGAGUUCAUUGGUGUGCUAAUCCGGCAGUGUCAGUACAGCAUUAUCUAUGAUGAGUACAUGAUGGAUACAGUCAUUUCACUGCUGACAGGUCUAUCUGACUCCCAGGUCAGAGCGUUCAGACACACAAGCACACUGGCUGCAAUGAAGCUAAUGACUGCGUUGGUGAACGUUGCUCUGAAUCUGAGUAUUCACCAAGAUAACACCCAGCGACAGUAUGAAGCAGAGAGGAACAAGAUGAUUGGCAAGAGAGCCAAUGAAAGACUGGAACUGCUACUACAGAAAAGGAAAGAGCUCCAAGAAAACCAAGAUGAAAUUGAGAAUAUGAUGAAUUCUAUCUUCAAGGGUAUCUUUGUUCACAGAUACAGGGAUGCCAUUGCUGAGAUAAGAGCAAUCUGUAUUGAAGAAAUUGGAGUGUGGAUGAAAAUGUACAGCGAUGCUUUCCUAAAUGACAGCUACUUAAAAUAUGUGGGUUGGACGCUACAUGAUCGGCAAGGGGAGGUGAGAUUGAAAUGUCUGAAAGCUCUUCAGAGUCUGUACACCAACAGAGAGCUCUUCCCAAAACUGGAACUCUUCACCAACAGGUUUAAGGAUCGGAUUGUUUCCAUGACUUUGGAUAAAGAAUACGAUGUUGCUGUUGAAGCAAUUCGAUUGGUUACCCUCAUUCUUCAUGGCAGUGAAGAGGCGCUCUCCAAUGAAGACUGUGAGAAUGUUUACCACCUGGUGUACUCGGCUCACAGGCCUGUAGCUGUGGCAGCCGGGGAAUUCCUUCAUAAAAAGUUAUUCAGCAGGCAUGACCCUCAAGCCGAAGAGGCUCUGGCCAAAAGAAGGGGUCGUAGCAGCCCAAAUGGCAACCUUGUUAAAAUGUUGGUGCUAUUCUUUUUGGAAAGCGAGUUGCAUGAGCAUGCAGCCUAUUUAGUGGAUAGUUUGUGGGAAAGUUCUCAUGAGCUUCUGAAAGACUGGGAAUGCAUGGCAGAGCUGCUGGUGGAAGAGCCAGUCCAAGGGGAGGAAGUGAUGUCUGAGCGCCAAGAGACUGCAUUGAUUGAGCUCAUGGUCUGUACAAUACGUCAAGCUGCAGAAGCUCACCCUCCUGUUGGAAGAGGAACUGGCAAAAGGGUGUUAACAGCGAAGGAGCGAAAAACUCAGAUAGACGACAAGAACAAGCUGACAGAGCAUUUCAUUGUUGCACUGCCAAUGCUGCUGUCUAAGUAUUCUGCUGAUGCUGAGAAAGUUGCAAAUCUUCUUCAGAUCCCUCAAUUUUUUGACCUGGAACUUUAUAGCACUGGGAGAAUGGAAAAGCACCUGGACAGCUUGCUGAAGCAGAUAAAGUUUGUUGUGGAGAAGCACACAGAGUCCGAUGUGCUGGAGGCAUGCAGUAAAACAUACAGCAUACUAUGCAGCGAGGAGUACACUAUCCAGAACCGUGUGGAUGUAGCACACAGCCAGCUAAUUGAUGAACUGGCUGACAGAUUCUCACACGCUGUGGAGGAGCUGCUCCAGGAGGCAGAAGAAGCCGAUGAAGAUGAUAUCUACAAUGUACUGGCCUCAUUAAAACGGUUAACGUGCUUUCACAACGCUCAUGAUCUCACUAAAUGGGAUUUGUUUGGCAACUGUUAUCGGCUACUGAGAGCUGGGAUUGAACACGAAGGCAUGAUAGAACAGAUCGGGGUCCAGGCUCUGCAGUGCUCCCACUACUCCAUACUUUGGCAGCUGGUGAAGAUCACAGAAGGCAAUCCUUCCAAAGAAGACAUGUUGGCGUUGAGAAAGACUGUUAAAUCCUUCUUGGCUGUCUGCCAGCAGUGUCUAUCUAAUGUCAAUACAGCUGUGAAAGAGCAGGCAUUUAUGCUUCUCUGUGACCUUCUAAUGAUCUUCAGCCACCAGUUAACGGCAGGUGGUAGAGAGAAUCUAAUGCUUCUGGUAUUUAAUCCGGACCUGGGACUCCAGUCCGAGCUGCUCAACUUUGUCAUGGAUCAUGUCUUCAUUGAUCAAGAUGAUGAGAACCAGAGCAUGGAAGGAGAUGAGGAAGACGAAGCCAACAAAAUCGAGGCCUUGCACAAGAGGAGAAACUUACUGGCAGCUUUCUGCAAACUGAUCAUUUACGACAUUGUAGAUAUGCACGCGGCAGCUGACAUCUUCAAGCACUACAUGAAGUAUUACAAUGACUAUGGGGACAUUAUCAAAGAGACCCUUAGUAAAACACGACAAAUUGACAAGAUCCAGUGUGCCAAGACUCUGAUUCUCAGCUUACAGCAGUUGUUCAACGAGUUGGUGCAAGAGCAAGGACCCAACCUGGAUAGAACAUCUGCUCACGUCAGUGGAAUUAAAGAGCUUGCUCGCAGGUUUGCACUAACGUUUGGCUUGGAUCAAAUCAAGACCAGAGAGGCGGUGGCCACGUUACAUAAAGAUGGAAUAGAGUUUGCUUUCAAAUACCAAAAUCCCAAAGGCAUGGAGUAUCCGCCACUGAACUUGGCCUUCCUCGAAGUGUUGAGUGAAUUUUCUUCCAAACUCCUGCGGCAGGACAAGAAGACUGUACAUUCGUAUUUGGAAAAAUUCCUUGGUGAACAAAUGAUGGAGAGAAGAGAAGAUGUGUGGCUUCCACUAAUAUCAUAUAGAAACUCUCUGGUCACUGGGGGUGAUGAGGACAGACUGUCUGUGAACAGUGGAGGCAGUAACAGCAAAAGUUCUUCCAUAAGGAGUAAGAAAGGUCGUCCUCCUCUGCACAAAAAGAGGAUAGAAGAGGAGACUAUUGACAAUUCGUGGGUAACCAGAAAUGACACUAUUCAGACUCCAAGCGCACUUACUACACCGCAGUUGACAUCCACUGUACUUAGGGAAAACCCCCGUCAAAUGCCUGAGCAGAUGCCCGAACAAGAAUCCGAACAUGGCUCCGAACCAGAUUUCUUACACAACCCACAGAUGCAGAUGUCGUGGUUGGGUCAGCAGAAGUUAGAAGAUUUAGGUCGAAAAGACAGAACAUCAAUGAACUACAUGAAAGUGCGGAGUGGCGUAAGGCACCCAGUCCGAGGUCUGAUGGAGGAUGACGCAGAGCCAAUUUUUGAAGAUGUAAUGAUGUCAUCGCGAGGUCAAUUGGAAGACAUGAAUGAGGAGUUUGAAGACACAAUGGUUAUUGACCUGCCUCCUUCACGAAACAGACGAGAGCGAGCUGAACUGCGGCCAGAUUUCUUUGACUCUGCAGCCAUCAUUGAAGACGAUUCAGGAUUCGGGAUGCCAAUGUUCUGAGGUUUGUAAAACACCUGGAACUCUUGUUUAAAGGCCUGUAUACUGUGAGCUUCUGUAAGAAAAUAAAGACUUUUUUUUAACAAAUAGUUUUGUUUAAACCAAAACGCUUGCGGUAUUGACGGAUUCUGUACAGCGUAGAACUGCCCCCGGUUUCUCACCAGGAAUAUCAAACCCCAUCUUUUGGAUCAGUGCUAUGGCAGACACAGACCGUGCACACCUGUUUUUGCAUUUCUAAGACUGCAGUGGAUUGAAGUAAAACCAGGAAUAAAAAUAAAAAAACACACAUAAACAUAGAUCCUGUUGAUGGACAACCCACCAUUGUGACAACUUUAUAUCUGUUCAUAUUCUGCUGUACAAUUUAACAAAAAAUAUUUUUUUGCCUUUUUACGUUCGUUUUCUUUGUGUUUUUAUGUUGAAGUCAUGUCAUGCUGGCAUGGAGGAUGCUACAUGGUUGAAAUGAACAAUGAGAAUGUUAGCAGAUGCACUGGAAUAAAACAAAAGACAACACAAAGGGGAAGGAAAUCCUUUUUUAAAUAUUUUUUUUUCGCUCUCCUUGCCUUUCUUUAGAAAAUAAAUCUACUGACCUCUUGUCCUGCUACCAAGUAGGCAGGAGAUUUUCUCAGCAGAUCUCAAAACCCAGAAUUAUUUCUUCUUGUAAUGCCUGUAGUUGGUUUUCCAUUUUGGAUCCACAAUACCUGCUCCAUUACAGAUUAUUAUGCGUUGUUUUAUUUUCUAACACAAAUGGACAAAUUAACAUUUUUUCUAUCGGUACUUUUUCUCUACAUUUUUACAAAGAAUACCAGCAAAUUAACUACAGACAGAAGAAACGCUCAUCAGUUCCAGUUACCAGAUUACUUUUAGGACACCCCCCCCCCCCUGUUUUUGUCACUUUUUUUAUAUUCCAUUGUAUUCAACACAACCGCGCAUAUUUUAAAAUAAAUAAAGGAAACUUAUAAUAGUGGGACUGAAUCUACUCUCCGCGCAGUAAAAUACAAUUCAACAGUAAUAUUUUUGUAAAAAGAAAUCCAUUUUAAACGGUUUUACUGUUGCCUAAAGGAAACAAAAAAAAAAUUGCUUGGAUGGGUGAUUUUAUUCCCUUCUGGUCAAUGUUGAAAGUAAUGGCAUUUUCAGUGUUAACUGUCCCAAGUUCAACUCUUUUUAAGGGGAAAAAUGGAAAAUGUUUUUUGUUUUUUCCCUAGCACAAUAAAAUCCCAGUUUAACUGCCCUGUUCUGUAUUAUUGUAAUAAAACUCAAAAUCACGUGUCUUAAAUAAAAGUGAUUUUAACAAUG